AUGUUUUGCCGGACAUGGUUCAAGCUCGAUGACGGGUUUCAAAGCCAAUCUUCGGCACAUGACUUAUGUCUGCUAAAUUGCUUUCGGUCGUGGUUUCGAGGGCUCCACUGCCAACGUGCUAGCGUGAAGCGCGACUGCAUGAUUCGCAACCUUUGGAUUGGAUUGUGCGUCCAAGUAGUGUUGUCUUCCAGAAUAGCUGCAGACAACAUCUCUGACCAUGCCCAUCGCGAAUUUGACCGUGGAUUCUCUGGACCUGCGUUGAAAUUGGUGAUUAAUUCCAACAAGUUCUAUUGGAGGCCGCGGGCGAUGUUAAUGGGCACUUUGCAGGCAGCACGCUUCCAAAACUACUCCGACAUUGUUAUUGUGAUUGGCGGGUCGUCGCAAGAUCAGGUCUACAAAGACGGAGAAAUCACAGUGGUUGAAACCACCUUCAUGAGCUACGAUCUCACUGGCUUGUCGGCUCUCUGGCAUCAGAGAAAUCACCCCUGGGUCAGAGCCCAGGCAUAUUUGUACCUCUUAGACACCGUCACAGUUGGAGUUGGCUUUCCGGAAAAGUUCGAGGCCUUGUCCACUGUGAAUCGUGUUGGCUAUGAAGAGUAUCGGGCACCUCCCAUCCCGUCAUCCAAUAUUUGUCUCUUCGGCCAUGGUGUGGUGGAAAAUUACAAAAAGAAUUUCGAUGUCAUCCUCUCAAAACAGGACGGUCUCUGGUUUGAACAAGGCCAUGCUCCCAGAGGAGUGCGUCGUUUGGACAAGUUUGCUUCCAACGUGACUACCCUGAAGGCCAGACAGGAGCAUGGGGAUCCAGUGGAUAUCUACAAAACGGGAUAUUCUCGCCGAGUUUUUUGGUAUCCGGAUUUGGAUCUCUACAAGUACAUCCUGUGGGACAGAAAUGGUGACCUUGUAGGUCACAUCCAAUAUAUGGACAUCAUCCAGAAAUCUACAAAGGACCAUAGCUUUGAUUGGAAGAAACUGUUGCGUUGGAUUGGCCUUCCUUGACCGAG